CUUGCUUGCUUUGCUGGUCAACGAGCACGCACAGCUCCUUCUGUUCCUCAUGGCCUUCUCCUCCAUCCUCCCCCUCCUCGUAGCCGCCGCGCUCGUCCUCCGGCUUGCCGCCGCGGCGCCGCAGGAGCAUCUCGUCACGCGCCUCCCGGGCUUCCACGGCGGCGCCAGCAACUUCCCCUCCAGGCACUACGCCGGGUACGUGACGGUGGACGAGGCCAGCGAGCGGAGCCUCUUCUACUACCUCGUGCUCUCGGAGCGCGACCCCGCCGCCGACCCCGUCGUGCUCUGGCUCAACGGCGGGCCUGGCUGCUCCAGCUUCGACGGCUUCGUCUACGAGAACGGGCCCUUCAACUUCGAGCCCGGCCGGAGGAGCACGAGCACGCCGCCGGGCGGCCUGCCCAGGCUGCGCCUCAACCCCUACAGCUGGUCAAAGGUCUCAAACAUCAUGUACCUGGACUCUCCUGCUGGUGUUGGGAUGUCAUACUCGUUGAACAAAUCGAAUUACAUGACUGGAGACCUGAAAACUGCAGCUGAUGCACACAAGUUCCUUUUAAAGUGGUUUGAGCUGUACCCCGAGUUUCAGUCGAACCCCUUCUACAUUUCAGGGGAGUCAUAUGCAGGGUAUUAUAUCCCCACACUCACAGAAGAAGUUGUCAAAGGGAUCGAGAAAGGUGUGGAGCCAAGGAUCAAUUUCAAGGGCUAUCUGAUAGGCAAUGGAGCAACUGAUGUGAACUAUGAUUACAAUGCCUUUGUGCCAUUUGCACAUGGGAUGGGCCUCAUCACAACUGACAUGUACGAGGAUGUCAAAGCUACAUGUGGCGGUACAUUCUGGGGUAAGGUAGAUGAUCUGUGCCAAGAGAACAUAGAGAGAGUACAUUGGGAACUAAAAGACCUGAACAAGUACAACAUCCUUGCACCAUGCUACCACCAUCCUGAGAUGCAAGAGGUUGAGUUCAUCAACAGCAGCUUGCCAUUGAGUUUCACAAGGCUGGGAGAGACUGAGAGACCAUUUCCAGUGAGGAAGCGAAUGGCAGGUCGUUCUUGGCCCCUCCGUACUGCUGUUAGGGAUGGGCACAUUCCGAUGUGGCCAGGACUGGGUGGCAGAUCACUUCCCUGCACGAGUGAUGAACUUGCUACUCUAUGGCUAGACGAUGAAGGUGUGAGAGCUGCAAUUCAUGCCAAACCGAAAAGCUUAAUUGGAUCAUGGGAACUGUAUACUGCAAGAAUAGACUACACUCAUGAUACUGGAACAAUGCAGAGCUACCACAAGAAGUUCACUGCGAUGGGGUAUCGGGUGCUAAUUUACAGUGGAGACCAUGAUCUUUGUGUUCCUUUCACUGGAACGGAAGCAUGGGUAAAAUCAAUAGGCUACCAAGUUGUUGAUAGGUGGCGGCCAUGGUACUUCGGAGAGCAAGUUGCUGAGUAUACACAAGGUUAUGAGCAUAAUCUAACCUUCCUCACAAUAAAGGGAGCCGGCCACGCUGUCCCUGAGUACAAACCCAAGGAAGCGCUCGCCUUUUACAGUCGCUGGCUAGCAGGAAAAAAAGAUCUAAGGCAAUCGGGACAUAUUAUGGCAGAAUUUACAAUUUAUCAAUUUUUUCAUCGAGUUCGAAUUCAAAUGCACGUCUCCGAUGAACUACUGUUUUUGCUCCUUUCUAUACAGCUGAAGAGAUGCUUUUCAUGGAGAUAACACAGUUGAGCCAUACUACUACCAAAAUAAUUUUAUAGUCACAUAUGUUUUUAUGA